GGCCCCAGCGGCGCCAUGCACGGCGGGCCGCCCUCGGGCGACAGCGCCUGCCCGCUGCGCACCAUCAAACGAGUCCAGUUCGGGAUCCUGAGCCCCGAUGAGAUGAAACGGAUGUCGGUGACCGAGGGGGGCAUCAAGUACCCCGAAACCACCGAGGGGGGACGCCCCAAACUGGGGGGGCUGAUGGACCCCCGGCAGGGCGUCAUCGAGAGGACGGGGCGCUGCCAGACCUGCGCCGGGAACAUGACGGAGUGUCCGGGCCACUUUGGCCACAUCGAGCUGGCCAAGCCCGUGUUCCACGUGGGCUUCUUGGGCAAAACCAUGAAGAUCCUGCGCUGCGUCUGCUUCUUCUGCUCCAAGCUGCUCGUGGACUCGAACAACCCCAAGAUCAAGGACAUCCUGGGCAAGUCCAAGGGGCAGCCCAAGAAGAGGCUGACCCACGUCUACGACCUCUGCAAGGGCAAGAACAUCUGCGAGGGCGGCGAGGAGAUGGACCACAAGUUCGGCGUGGAGCAGCCCGAGGGCGACGAGGACCUCACCAAGGAGAAGGGCCACGGCGGCUGCGGGCGCUACCAGCCCUUGUUGCUAACCCAAAUACUUCCCCUUUUUCACCCCAAUAACCCCAUUUUCACCCCAAUAACCCCAUCCGUGGUCAUGCAGGGCUCUGCCGGCACCCAGUCCCCUUUUGGGGUCACCCCCAAGACUCUUUGGGCUAUCCCUGUUUUAUUCCCACCCCAAAUCCACCCUGCACCUUUCCCACGGCGUUUUGGUUUUCUCACCUCUUUAUCGCUGUCAAACCUCCUAAUCAAUAAAUUCUGGGGGAUCACCCCACUAAUUUUGGGGUGUCCCCAGGAUGACCUGACCCACAAACUGGCCGACAUCGUCAAGAUCAACAACCAGCUGCGGCGCAACGAGCAGAACGGGGCGGCCGCGCACGUCAUCGCCGAGGACGUCAAGCUGCUGCAGUUCCACGUGGCCACCAUGGUGGACAACGAGCUGCCCGGCCUGCCCCGGGCCAUGCAGAAGUCGGGGCGCCCCCUGAAGUCCCUGAAGCAGCGGCUGAAGGGGAAGGAGGGUCGGGUUCGGGGCAACCUCAUGGGCAAACGGGUGGAUUUCUCCGCCCGCACCGUCAUCACGCCCGACCCCAACCUGGCCAUCGAUCAGGUGGGCGUCCCCCGCUCCAUCGCCGCCAACAUGACCUUCGCCGAGAUCGUCACGCCCUUCAACAUCGACAGGCUGCAGGAGCUGGUGCGCAGGGGGAACAGCCAGUACCCGGGGGCCAAGUACAUCAUCAGGGACAACGGGGACAGGAUCGACCUCCGCUUCCACCCCAAGCCCAGCGACCUCCACCUGCAGAUCGGCUACAAGGUGGAACGUCACAUGUGCGACGGGGACAUCGUCAUCUUCAACCGGCAGCCCACCCUGCACAAGAUGUCCAUGAUGGGUCACCGGGUCAGGAUCCUGCCCUGGUCCACCUUCAGGCUGAAUCUGAGCGUCACCACGCCCUACAACGCCGACUUUGACGGCGACGAGAUGAACCUGCACCUGCCGCAGUCGCUGGAGACGCGGGCGGAGAUCCAGGAGUUGGCCAUGGUGCCCAGGAUGAUCGUCACCCCCCAGAGCAACCGGCCCGUCAUGGGCAUCGUGCAGGACACGCUGACGGCCGUGCGCAAGUUCACCAAGAGGGACGUCUUCCUCGAGAGGGUGAUCGUGGAGAACGGGGAGCUCAUCAUGGGCAUCCUGUGCAAGAAGUCCCUGGGGACGUCGGCCGGGUCCCUGGUGCACAUCUCCUACCUGGAGAUGGGCCACGACACCACGCGCCUCUUCUACAGCAACAUCCAGACCGUCAUCAACAACUGGCUGCUCAUCGAGGGUCACACCAUCGGCAUCGGGGACUCCAUCGCCGACGCCAAGACCUACCAGGACAUCCAGAACACCAUCAAGAAGGCCAAGCAGGACGUGAUCGAGGUGAUCGAGAAGGCCCACAACAACGAGCUGGAGCCCACCCCGGGCAACACCUUGCGCCAGACCUUUGAGAACCAGGUGAACCGGAUCCUCAACGACGCCCGCGACAAGACCGGCUCUUCUGCCCAGAAGUCCCUGUCCGAGUACAACAACUUCAAGUCCAUGGUGGUCUCGGGGGCCAAGGGCUCCAAGAUCAACAUCUCCCAGGUGAUCGCGGUGGUGGGCCAGCAGAACGUGGAGGGGAAGCGGAUCCCGUUCGGCUUCAAGCACCGGACGCUGCCGCACUUCAUCAAGGACGACUACGGCCCCGAGAGCCGCGGCUUCGUGGAGAACUCCUACCUGGCCGGCCUCACGCCCACCGAGUUCUUCUUCCACGCCAUGGGCGGCCGCGAGGGCCUCAUCGACACGGCCGUCAAAACGGCCGAGACCGGGUACAUCCAGCGGCGGCUGAUCAAGUCCAUGGAGUCGGUGAUGGUCAAGUACGACGCCACGGUCAGGAACUCCAUCAACCAGGUGGUGCAGCUGCGCUACGGCGAGGACGGGCUGGCCGGCGAGAGCGUCGAGUUCCAGAACCUGGCCACCCUCAAACCCUCCAACAAGGCCUUCGAGAAGAAGUUCAAGUUCGACUACACCAACGAGCGGGCGCUGCGCCGGACGCUGCAGGAGGAGCUGGUCAAGGACAUCCUGUCCAACGCCCACAUCCAGAACGAGCUGGAGCGCGAGUUCGACCGCAUGCGCGAGGACAGGGAGGUCCUCAGGGUCAUCUUCCCCACUGGGGACAGCAAGGUGGUGCUCCCCUGUAACCUGCUCCGCAUGAUCUGGAACGCGCAGAAGAUCUUCCACAUCAACUCCCGGCUGCCCUCGGACCUGCACCCGGUCAAGGUGGUGGAGGGGGUGAAGGAGCUGAGCCGGAAGCUGGUGAUCGUCAACGGGGAGGACCCGCUGAGCCGGCAGGCGCAGGAGAACGCCACGCUGCUCUUCAACAUCCACCUGCGCUCCACGCUCUGCAGCCGCCGCAUGGUGGAGGAGUUCCGGCUCAGCGGGGAGGCCUUCGACUGGCUGCUGGGGGAGAUCGAGUCCAAGUUCAACCAGGCCAUUGCCCACCCCGGGGAAAUGGUGGGCGCUCUGGCCGCGCAGUCCCUGGGCGAGCCGGCCACGCAGAUGACCCUCAACACCUUCCACUACGCGGGGGUGUCGGCCAAGAACGUCACGCUGGGCGUGCCGCGCCUCAAGGAGCUCAUCAACAUCUCCAAGAAGCCCAAGACGCCGUCGCUCACCGUGUUCCUGCUGGGCCAGAGCGCCCGCGACGCCGAGCGCGCCAAGGACAUCCUGUGCCGCCUGGAGCACACCACGCUGCGCAAGGUGACGGCCAACACCGCCAUCUACUACGACCCCAACCCUCAGAGCACGGUGGUGGCCGAGGACCAGGAGUGGGUCAACGUCUACUACGAGAUGCCCGACUUCGACGUCAGCCGCAUCUCGCCGUGGCUGCUGCGCGUCGAGCUCGACCGCAAGCACAUGACCGACCGCAAGCUCACCAUGGAGCAGAUCGCCGAGAAGAUCAACGCCGGCUUUGGUGACGACCUCAACUGCAUCUUCAACGACGACAACGCCGAGAAGUUGGUGCUGCGCAUCCGCAUCAUGAACAGCGACGAGAACAAGAUGCAGGAGGAGGAGGAGGUGGUGGACAAGAUGGACGACGACGUCUUCCUGCGCUGCAUCGAGUCCAACAUGCUGACGGACAUGACCCUGCAGGGCAUCGAGCAGAUCAGCAAGGUGUACAUGCACCUGCCGCAGACGGACAACAAGAAGAAGAUCAUCAUCACCGAGGACGGGGAGUUCAAGGCUCUCCAGGAGUGGAUCCUGGAGACCGACGGCGUCAGCCUCAUGCGGGUGCUGAGCGAGAAGGACGUGGACCCCGUGCGCACCACCUCCAACGACAUCGUGGAGAUCUUCACCGUGCUGGGGAUCGAGGCGGUGCGCAAGGCGCUGGAGCGGGAGCUGUACCACGUCAUCUCCUUCGACGGUUCCUACGUCAACUACCGGCACCUGGCGCUGCUGUGCGACACCAUGACCUCGCGCGGACACCUGAUGGCCAUCACCCGGCACGGCGUCAACCGCCAGGACACCGGGCCCCUGAUGAAGUGCUCCUUCGAGGAGACGGUGGACGUCCUGAUGGAGGCGGCUGCCCACGGGGAGAGCGACCCCAUGAAGGGCGUGUCCGAGAACAUCAUGCUGGGCCAGCUGGCCCCGGCCGGCACCGGCUGCUUCGACCUCCUGCUGGACGCCGAGAAGUGCAAGCACGGCAUGGAGAUCCCCAGCGCCCUGCCCGGCCUCGGCGUCGGCGGCUCCACCGGGAUGUUCUUCGGCUCGGCCCCCAGCCCCAUGGGGGGGAUGUCCCCGGCCAUGACCCCCUGGAACCAGGGCGCCACCCCGGCCUACGGCGCCUGGUCCCCCAGCGUGGGCAGCGGGAUGACCCCGGGCGGGGCCGGGUUCUCCCCCAGCGCCGCCUCCGACGCCUCCGGCUUCAGCCCCGGCUACUCCCCGGCCUGGUCACCCACACCCGGCUCGCCGGGGUCCCCCGGCCCCUCCAGCCCCUACAUCCCCUCCCCCGGUGGGGCCAUGUCCCCCAGCUACAGCCCGACGUCCCCCGCCUACGAGCCGCGGUCGCCGGGGGGCUACACCCCACAGAGCCCCAGCUACAGCCCCACCUCGCCCAGCUACAGCCCCACGUCCCCCAGCUACAGCCCCACCUCGCCCAACUACAGCCCCACCUCGCCCAGCUACAGCCCCACGUCCCCCAGCUACAGCCCCACCUCGCCCAGUUACAGCCCCACCUCUCCCAGUUACAGCCCCACGUCCCCGAGCUACAGCCCCACCUCGCCCAGUUACAGCCCCACCUCGCCCAGCUACAGCCCCACCUCGCCCAGCUACAGCCCGACGUCCCCCAGCUACAGCCCCACCUCGCCGAGCUACAGCCCCACCUCGCCGAGCUACAGCCCCACCUCGCCCAGUUACAGCCCCACUUCUCCCAGUUACAGCCCGACCUCGCCCAGUUACAGCCCAACAUCCCCAAGCUACAGCCCCACCUCGCCCAACUACAGCCCCACCAGCCCCAACUACACCCCGACCUCUCCCAGCUACAGCCCCACCUCUCCCAGUUACAGCCCCACCAGCCCCAACUACACCCCGACCUCACCCAACUACAGCCCCACCUCGCCCAGCUACAGCCCCACGUCACCCAGCUACAGCCCCACCUCGCCCAGUUACUCCCCGUCCAGCCCCCGCUACACCCCGCAGUCGCCCACCUACACCCCCAGCAGCCCCAGCUACAGCCCCAGCAGCCCCAGCUACAGCCCCACCUCCCCCAAGUACACCCCGACCAGCCCCAGCUACAGCCCCAGCUCCCCCGAGUACACCCCGACCUCGCCCAAGUACAGCCCCACCUCGCCCAAGUACAGCCCCACCUCGCCCAAGUACAGCCCCACCUCGCCCACCUACAGCCCCACCUCGCCCAAGUACAGCCCCACCUCGCCCACCUACAGCCCCACCUCGCCCGUCUACACCCCGACGUCGCCCAAGUACAGCCCCACCUCGCCCACCUACAGCCCCACCUCGCCCAAGUACAGCCCCACGUCACCCACCUACAGCCCCACCUCGCCCAAGGGCUCCACCUACAGCCCCACGUCCCCCGGCUACAGCCCCACCUCACCCACCUACAGCCUCACCAGCCCGGCCAUCAGCCCCGACGACAGCGACGACGACAACUGAGGCUCGGCCUGUGGG